AUUCUUGACUAUAGUACAGGCGCGAUGGCGGAGGAUCGGCAGCAACUAGUGUUCAUGGCGAAGCUCGCGGAGCAGUCGGAGCGAUACGACGAGAUGAAGGAAGGAAUGAUGCAGAUUGUUGAGCUCGGCCCUCAGCUCACCCUUGAGGAGAGAGAGAUGCUCUCCAUCGCAUACAAGCAUUGUGUCGGCAACCGCCGUACCUCGUCCCGUAUCAUUUCAGCGAUGGAGGAGAAGGAUGCAAACAAGAAGGACCCGGACAGCUUGGAGAAGAUCAGGGAGUACAGGGUGAAGGUGGACGAAGAGCUGAAGUUCCUCUGCGAGGAGAUCAUCAGGCUCCUCGAUAUGAAGCUUAUCCCCAACGCGGCCGAUGAUGAGAACUUGGUCUACUACAACAAGAUGAAAGGAGACUACUUUCGCUACCUUGCUGAGUGCCUCCCAGAGCCUGAUCGCUCCAAGUACGCUGAGAGCUCAAGAGCUUCCUACCAGACCGCAAGCGAGAUCGCAGAGAAGCUGUCUCCUACCAACCCCACCCGCCUUGGACUUGCCCUCAACUACACUGUGCUGCAGUUCGAGGUUCUGAAGCAGACCGAGGAGGCGUGCAAGCUCGCCAAGAAGGCCUUCGAUGAUGCGAUCGAGCAGGUGGACUCGCUGGACGAGGCUCACUACAAGGAGAGCUCGACCAUCAUGCAGCUCCUGCGCGACAACCUCACAACCUGGACAGCGGACAUGCACGUCUCUACAGCUGAUGAAUGAGAGGUAGGGGGUUGCAUCCCAGGGGAACAGAUCGUCUUUGCAAGCUCGUGACCUCUCUUGCGAUUUCAAUUUUGAAUAACAUGAAGCAGCAUGG